GUCACGCAAGGGUCACGCACGACGCUGCGGUGGCUGCCGGGAGCGCGGUGCGCAAUGGCGACGCCCAGCCUACGAGGACGCCUGCCGCGGCUUGCGAACCCACGGAAACCUACACUGAAGCCCAACAAACCCCUCAUCCUAGCUAACCGCGUCGGGGAGCGGCGCCGGGAGAAGGGCGAGGCGACAUGUAUCACAGAAAUGUCGGUGAUGAUGGCUUGCUGGAAGGAGAAUGAAUUCCGCGACAGUGCGUGCAAAAAAGAGAUCCAAGACUUCUUCGAGUGUGCGUCCAGGACUCAGACAGGGUUUUGCUAUGUAGCCCAGGCUGGCCUCGAACUCGCAGUGAUCCUCCUCCCUCAACCUCCCAAGUGCUGGGAUUCCAGGAAGCCCGAAAGAUGAGAUCAAUCCAGGACACCCUGGGAGAGUCUGGAAGUUUAUCUCCCAAGAAAAUGAAUAAGUUGUUACAGAGGUUUCCUAAUAAACCUCACCUCAGCUGAAAAUGGAAACGCAUUUUCAAUUGGACUGUCAUUUCUGAGAACUGUGCAGAGGCAUUUUAAAGACAUUUGUACCACUAUGCCUCUUUUGAAGGGUAAAAUAAGGCAAAACACUUUUUUCCAUUCACUGGAGCCAUGGUCUGGAUGGAAGUUAUGGUUUAUCUUGAAAUAAAAUUUUCUGAAGAGAAA